AUGGCCAUCAAGGUCCCAGCCAACCACAUCACAAGCCCUAAGCUUCUUGAGAAGAUCGACAAGCUCAGGGAUCGUAAUAUUCACAAUGACAUCCCCUUGCCUCAGUUGGUGGUCGUGGGCGAUCAAAGUUCUGGCAAAUCCUCGCUUCUUGAGAGCAUCACGGGCAUUCCUUUCCCAAGGGGAACGUCUCUUGUCACCCGUCACGCAACCCGAAUCAUGUCACGCAGACAAAAUCAGGAAUCCGUUGUCAUUUCCAUUGAGGCUGGACCUUCAGCAUCGCUUGAUCAUCAAAAUCAUUUGAAAUCGUUCAAAAAGACCCUGAAGUCAACUUCGGAGCUCAAUGGGAAUUUCCUAGACAUCUUUACAGCGGCUCGCGACAUGAUGGGGCUAGGACCCGACACUGCCAACGGCAAUUGUAAAGCUUUCAGCGAGCACGUGCUGAAGGUGGAGGUUUAUGGUCCCAGUCAGGACUUCCUAACCAUCAUCGACGUGCCGGGGAUUUUUCGCACAAGAACCAAGGGCAUCUCCAAAGACGACAUGAAAGUGGUUCGGACCAUGGUCAGGCGUUACAUCAAAGAUUCCAGGACUGUCAUCUUGGCAGUGCUACCAUGCAACGCGGAAUUCGCUGCCCAAGAAGUCCUAGAGUUGGCCGAAAAGUACGACGCGGACGGGGAACGGACCCUGGGUGUACUGACAAAGCCCGACCUGGUGUCCGAGCCAAGCCUACAGAGAGAGAUCUGCGAUAAUAUAAUGUCUGGUGAGAAGCGAUCAUUAGCUUUGGGAUACAUCCUCGUGCGCAACAAAAGUGAGGACGAAGAAUCCAUCACAGAAGCUGAGCUGGACCAGUCGCUCUUCAAUACGCCUGCCUGGAGUUCUCUGCCCAAAGAGCAUGUCGGCAUUGCAGCACUCAAGUCACGAUUGGGGGAACUCCUUCUUAAGAUCACUGCACGCGAAUUCCCCAGCUUGAUACGAGACAUCAACGCUCAGAUCUCGAGCUGCGAGAAGCGCAUCGGUGAGCUCGGGCCGCCACGACAACUGGAGCGCGAGCAACGGAGCUACCUCAGCUCGAUCGUUGCCAAGUUCAAUCAUCUCGUCGAUGCUGGUCUGAAUGCGGACUACACAUAUGGCGAGGGCUUCUUCAGGCCGGAGCUACGCAUGAUCACACAUCACGAAUCUUACCGAUCUGUUCGUGAACGACCAGGCGCGAACUUUGUAGACGAGCCUUCCGCCGACUCAGCUGAGGCACCCAUGGAUCGCCUAUAUGCUACUCUUCUACAAACCGGUGUCGACGACAUCACCGACCAAGAAAGGAUGAAUCUUGCCGAAGUAGUUGAGGGUCGAGUGCAGAACCUAGUGCCGCCAGCUCCCGGCAUCAGCGAACGAAUUGACGAGAUCUACUAUCAGUCCAGGGGGCUUGUUCUAGGAGGAUUUGAUCCGAAAUUGAUCGAUCUAUCCUUCGCCAAGCAGUCGCAAAAAUGGGAAAGUCUCACAAUGAGCUAUGUGACGAGAGUCAUCAUCAUCAUUCACCGCUUCUUGUUCGCUGCGCUGGAAAGCGCUUGCCCCGAGUCACAGGUGCGAAACCAGAUACGGAGCACGAUUUUGGGAAGGGCGAUUGCCACGGCGAAACAUCUGGUCGACGUUGAACGGCAUGGAAGACCAUACACGGUCAACAAGACCUAUCAAAGGGCUUUGGCGGAGUCCGACCAGCGCCGCACAGGCCCUUCUCUCGUUGUGAGUCUGAAUGCGAUCGAGCAGACCGCCAGUAGUCUCGCAAGUCCGCAGCAGAUCCAGAGGAGAAUCCAUGACAUCCUUCGCGCAUAUUACAAGGUGGCUCUGGACCGUUUCGUCGACAAUGUUUACAAACAGGUCAUCGACUUCAGCCUCCUACACGGCUUCUCGAGUCCUCUCAAGGUUCUCAACCAUGACUGGGUUCUUGGAUUAGAGCCUGAGGAACUGUCUCGAAUCGCCGGGGAGUCGGGCACCACAAAGAAACAUCGCACAAAGCUGAAAAGGGAGAUGGCCAACUUGGCUGCGGCAUUGAGCGAUAUGAGGACAGAAUGAUACACAACCACGGAGCUGGUGGUUGAAAAGUCUCGACAGAUGUUUCAUUGCAAUGAUGUAUGUACGAGUCAUCUUAUCAUGGUACUAAGAUGCCUAGAAAUCCCCCCCAAUAGAAGGAAGCUGUAAUCGGAGGGUUUCUUCAACAGCAUUGAUGUUGAGCAGACCUUGCAAGGCGCCCAGGGUAGCUGCGGAGUUAACCUUGUUGGAAUUGAAUAUGCUUUCAUGCAAACACGAUAUCUUCAAGUUGUUAUUCACCGUGUAGUAUUUGGUAACAUCGGCUUGACAAUAAUGGCAUUAAAUCAUGACCACGUCCCCCAU